GCAUUCACAGCUCCCAGUUUUGCCUGUGAGCUCGCGGCGAAUGGACGUGGCGUUCGUGUAUUAUGUCAUCGCGUACACGCUUCGGGCGUGUUUUUACCGGGCACCUUAAUGAAAAAUUGAUGGAAAAGCGGUACUAACGACCCCUCCUAUGCUCCGUGUGUACAAAUUGUGCUCUAAUUGAAUACUGUGCAAGGAUAUCAAUAAUGCCGGUGGCAGUUUGAAUGAUCACGGCAAAUCCAAACCGCAAUGAACGCGGACACCUAGUGUUGGGACAGUGUAGUGUUAAUCGAUAUCGAUAAAAAUGAUGUGGUUCGUGUUACUACUGCCGAUGGUAGCGACGGCGGCGCUACCACCCGACACCGACUCGUGUAAUCCGGACAAAAUGACUGUUUAUCGAAUGGUGCUGCAUACGUAUUGGACUAGGGAGAAGUUCCCCAAACAUUACCCGGAUUGGAAACCUCCCGCUCAGUGGUCUAGAAUUUAUGGUGUAUCACACAGCCGGUCCUACGUUCUGUUCCGUCUGGGCCGAAGAGUCCCCGCCCCAGUGAGACAGUUCGCGGAGUCCGGACGAUCGGACGCACUCGGCUCCGGUCCGGGUACACUGGACGUAUUCGGAGCACCCGCUAUCAGCCAGGGCGCAGGCAGAACUGAGGCGGAGUUCUUCGUUGACGGAAAUCAUUCUAGAGUAUCGGUAAUGGCGCGUAUGAUCCCAUCUCCGGACUGGUUCAUUGGAGUCGACGGCUUUGAUCUCUGCGUCGAUGGAAACUGGAUAGACAGCAUCACUAUUGAA